AUGGAUAUUAAAGAGAAUUCUGAUGACGAUCAAGCAGAUCUGGAUAACGAAUUAUCCGAAGCAGAAACUGUUAUUUCUACAAGUUCUCCUCGUACCAAUAAGGUUCGUAGACUCAUCCGUAAAAAGGAUUAUGAUGAAGAACGUCACAAAUUGAAGCGAGCAGGCGUAGAUGCAAAUAAUUAUCAAUCAGAUGAAGAAGAAGAUGAGGAGGAGGAGGAGGAAGAAGAAGAAGAACCUAAAUCAAAACGUUCAAGUGUAUCUCGUGGAUCUAAAUCCAGGAAACCAUACAAAAUCAAGCGAGAUGCUGGCGGUCGUACUCUCCUUCAGCGAGCUUGUAAAAAGGGUAAUCUCGAAGAUGUUAUUGAUUACAUAAGUCGUGGAGCUAGUGCCAAUGAAAAGGAUUUCUGCGGUUUCACUUGUCUUCAUGAAGCUGCAUUGGAGGGUCAUGCUGAUAUUGUGGCAUAUUUGAUUGAACAUGGAGCCAAUGUCAAUGCCAAGGCUGAUGAAGUUGGUGAUUGUGAAACUCCGCUUAUUGACGCUGCGGAAAAUAAACAUUUGGAAACAGUCAAGAUUUUGUUGAAACAUGGUGCUGACCCCACGAUUUUCAAUCUUGAUGGAUUUACUGCCUUGACCAAGAUAUACAAUGAACAUGCUGAUGAAGAAGGAUAUGAUGAUACAAUUAAAGUAUUGGAGGAAGCAGUCACUGAAUUCAACAAGAAAGCACAGGCUAGUGUUGGUAAAGGUACAAGUCCAUCGACGCCCAAGGAAAUUGUUGAAGAUCCUAAUGAUAAUUACUUUGCUGACCUCAUUAAGAAGAAGGGAAUCUACAAGUAUGCUGCUGAAAACGCCAAGGAAAUCACUGCCAAUUAUUUCGUCCUGGGAAACAGCCUUGAUAGUAAACCGGAUAUCCUUAUUCUUGCGGCACGUAAUGGCCACGCUGAGUUGGUGGAUAUUAUUCUCGGCUUGAACCCAACUCCCUAUGAUAUAGAUACUGAGAGUCCAUGUGGGGUAACAGCACUUUUGGCUAGUGUCGGUAGAGGGCAUUUGGACGUCGUCGAGCUGCUUUUGUCUAAGGAUGCUGAUCCGUUACGUACCAGAAGAAAAGAUGGCUUCAAUGCGUUGGAUAUUGCUCUGCGGUCAGUUCAUUUUGAUCCUAAAGAAGUUGAGCUUAUUGCCAAGUAUGUUGAAAAGAGAGGUGGUAAUGCGCUUGCUGUGAGUGUCGCAUCAAGGCUUGGUUCAAGAAUUGGUUCUGCUGUAGCUUCAAGAGCUAGUUCCCGUGCUCCUUCGGUUCAAGUUUCAUCCGAAGAUGAUGAGGAAGAAGAAACAAUUGAGAAAGAUUUGAAGGGGGGUGAACCACAAGUGCAAGAAAACGCGGAAACAAAGGAAAAGCCAAAGGAAGAAGAGUAUGAACAAGAUGAGGAAGAAGAUGAUGAAUUCAGUGACCAUUCAAUGCAAGAUAUUGAUGAAGAAGAAAUGGAACCUAUCACACCUAAACGAUCACGCGAAAUCAAACGUAAACGAAGCAUUGAUGAAAUGCACUCCUCAAUCAAAAGAGUUAAAUCGGAAGGACGACUUAAGACUCCAGAAAUGUUUAAACCAGAAGAAGAAGCUGAAGAACAUUCCAGUUCCCGUAACGCUACUAUCUCGCCUCCUCCACAACUUCAAAAGAUUAAAACAAUAUCUCUUUCACCUCCACCAUUGACUAAAGAACAGGAAGAAUUAAAGAUUAAGAAUGCUGAAGAAGCACGAAUCUGGCAAGAAAAGGUCGAGGCUAAGAAACGGGCCAGACGUGAAAUGUUUCUCAAAUCAGAGCGAGAAAAGGAACAGAAACGAAAGGAGGAAGAAGAAAAACGUAUUGAAGAAGAGAAGCGUAUUGCUCAAUUGAAGGAAGAAGAACGUAACCGAUUGAUCAAAGAGGCUGAGAAAUUGUCUAUGGAAGUACAAAAGCAACGGGUUGCUAUGAGAAGAGCAAAAACCAUUGAACAUUACCCUAUAGGAUUAAGGAACUUGAAGCAGUUUAAUUCAAACCCAACCAAGACGACAAUCUAUAAGUACCUGCCAUUAUAUGUGUUUUGCAUUGAUGGCGAAAAAUAUGUGGUUGAUUUGCAGAUUUCGUUAUUGACAUCAACCUUGAUGAAUGAGAUUCAUAAGUUAGUGCCACCCAGUCUGGUGAUUGAUUUGGCUAACAAAUCCAAGAUUUGGAAGCUUUUCUUCAAGUUUAUUGGACUUGAUCCAAAAGGUGAAAAAUCAAUCCUUGAAUUGAGAAGAGAGGGACAUGACCAGUUUCAAAACUUAUUGCUUCAUUUCAUGAAAUUGGACGAUAUAAUGCCUGUACUUGAACAAAAGUAUCCCUUGGUUUACAACAGUAUAUGGUCAGAGCUGCAUUCGAGAACAAUUGAAGUGUUGUUGGAUUCAUUGUGCGCAUUUGACGAGAUUGUGGAUAAGAAGAACAUGACCCUCGAGGAUGGUGAACUAGAUGUUAUUGUUGAUGCACAUUCGAUUGAUAAGUUUAUUCCACAUCAUUUACGUUUCAGAAAGGACAUUUUACGGACAGUCAGUGCAUCCACGAGACCAUUAUGGUAG